AUGGUUGAUUCAAGUGAGAAUUUUAAGGCAUCUGGGGUAAAGGUAGACGCAUCUUGCAAGAAAGCAUACGAUGAUCUUCACAACAGACAUCUUCAUGCUUUCAUCAUAUUCAGAAUCUCCGAUGAUGACACCACGAUUAUCGUUGACAAACUUGGCGAGAAAGGAGCGCCAUAUUCGGAUUUUGUUGAAGUUCGUGAAUUUUUUAUUCGUUUCGAAUCGUCAGUAUUCAGUGGUAAUGCUGACUGGUUACAAUCAUCAUUUGAUCAACGAGGGAUCAACUCUCUAGACUUGAUUUACGUGAACACUUAUAAAGGUAGCCAAUAA